AGCCUGCUGCUUACCUGGGAACAGGUCACUCUGAAGAAAAGCCUCAAACAUGGCUCGACUAAUAAUCUUGGCAGGAUUGUCCCUUUUGGUGUGCCUUCAAAUUGUGUCUUCUACCAAACUAGUGUGCUACUUCACCAACUGGUCCCAGUAUAGACCAGGUGCUGGCAAAUAUCUGCCUGCCAAUGUAGACCCCAACCUGUGCACACACUUGAUCUAUGCCUUCUCAGUAAUCAGCCCCUCCAAUGAGCUGUCAACGUAUGAGUGGAAUGACGACGUUCUUUAUAAAGCCUUCAAUGAACUCAAGCAUUCAAACCCUGAGCUGAAGACUCUGCUGGCUGUUGGUGGCUGGAACUUUGGAACUACACAGUUUACCAUCAUGGCUUCAUCUGCCGCCAACCGUCAGAGGUUCAUCCAGUCUUCUAUCAAGUUCUUGAGGCUGUAUGGCUUCGAUGGGCUGGAUCUGGACUGGGAGUAUCCUGGAGCACGAGGAAGCCCACCAGAGGACAAGAAGAGGUUCACAGUGCUCUGCCAGGAACUGCGUGACGCCUUUGAAAAGGAAGCUGCUGAGACCAGAAGACCGCGGCUGCUGCUCACAGCUGCAGUGGCUGCUGGGAAGGGAAACGUUGACAACGGUUACGAGGUCGCUGCUGUGACAAAGUUGCUAGACUUUGCAAAUAUCAUGACCUAUGACUUGCACGGAGCUUGGGAUCCAUUCACCGGGCACAACAGCCCUUUGUACCGCAGCUCUCUUGAUGAGGGUGACAACAUCUACUACAAUGUGGACUUUGCUAUGAAAUACUGGAGAGAUCAAGGAGCUCCUCUUGAAAAGAUCCUAGUUGGUUUUCCCACAUAUGGACGCACAUUUCGCACAACAACAGGAGCUAAUGGUGUUGGAGCACCAGCCAGUGGACCAGCCUCUGCUGGGACUUACACCCGUGAAGCUGGGUUUUGGUCCUACUACGAGAUUUGCAAUUUUCUUCAAGGAGGCAGUGUACACUGGAUUGAUGAGCAAAAGGUUCCUUACGCCAUUAAAGGCAAUGAGUGGGUCGGUUUUGAUAACAAGCAGAGCUAUGAAAUCAAGGUAAAGUAUCUGAAAGAAAACAAAUUUGGAGGAGCGGUUGUCUGGUGUCUGGAUCUGGAUGAUUUUGCCGGACAGUUUUGUGGACAAGGAAGAUAUCCCCUUAUUAGCUAUUUGCGCUCUCUUCUGAAUUCAGAUUUUCCAUCACCUGUAACUACACGUCCACCAUUCACCCAAACGGAAUCACAUCCCAGCACAGACGACCACACGAGUGCAGUUUCUUAUGUUACUAGCCAUGCUGUCUCAACCAAUGUAACUUCCACGACUACUGAAAAUACUGGCAAUACUACUGAUGCUACCAGUGCUGUUCAUGCUUCGACCACCCAUACUGCUGGUAGUGUCACAACUACAACCACCAGAACUACCACAACUGCUGUUUCUGGAAGUGGUUUCUGCGCGGGAAAGCCUGACGGUCUCUAUGCAAAUGACAAGGACCCCAGGACUUAUUACCAUUGCUCCCACGGUCACACAUACAUCAAGACAUGUCCACAUACCCUUGUUUUCGAUGACAGAUGCAAAUGCUGUGUCUGGCCUUAAAUAAAUACCUUCUUUAUAAAACAA